GCUGGUCUCGGCGUCCGCCCGCUCGGUUUCGGCUGUAUCCGAGCUGGGCUCGCGGCCGUUGUCCAGGCAACGCGCGGCGGCGCAGAGGCCCAGCCAAGCGUCUCCAAGCAGUGAUGCAGCUGAAGUCAUCCUUAGUACCACGAGCCGUUCUUUCCCAAAAGGUGGUGGCUUACCUGAAGACUGAAGAGGUUGCACGGUUGGAGGUUUCGGUGCUAAGCAGGCCCGCACUCUGUCAUGGCUCUCUACUUUGACCACCGCAUAGAAGCCCCAGACACAGUCGGGUCUCCCUCCCACAUUGGCUGGCAUCCCAUCCACCCGCUCUUGGCGGUUGCUUCUGUCAGCACAACCUCAGGAGGCAGCGUGGACAUGUAUCUGGAGCAAGGCGAGUGCGUGCCAGACACGCAUGUCGAGAGGUCGUUCCGGGUCACCUCCCUGAGCUGGCACCCGACGCGGCUGAUCCUGGCUAUUGGCUGGGAGUCUGGGGAAGUGGUCAUGUUUAACAAGCAGGACAAGGAGCAGCAUGCAGUCCCCGCCACGCACACGGCCGACGUCGCCAUCCUCGCCUGGAGCCCCAAUGGGAACUGCCUGGUGUCGGGAGACAAGCUCGGCGUCCUGCUCCUGUGGAGGCUGGACCAGCGGGGCCGCGUGCAGGGGAUGCCACUGCUGCGCCACGGGUACGGGCAGCCCCUCACCCACUGCCUCUUCCUGCUGCCCCCGCCCGGCGAGGACCUGGUUCAGCUGGCCAGGGCGGCAGUGAGCGGGGACGAGAAGGCCCUGGACAUGUUUAACUGGAAGAAGAGCGGCUUCGGGAGCAUCCUGAAGAUGGGGUCUCAGGAGGGCCUCUCGUUCUUCGUCAGCCUGACAGAUGGGACGGUGCACCACGUGGAUGAGAAAGGCAGGACGGCCCAGGUGGCGUCCACAGACAGCUCCAUCCAGACGCUGUUCUACCUGGAGCAGAGGGGGGCGCUGGUGGCGGUGACGGACAGCCUGCUGCUCUGCCUGUUCACGGUGACGCCCGAGGGCACGGCCGAGGAGGUGAUGAAGGUGAAGCUGAGCGGGAAGACGGGCCACCGGGCAGACAUCGCGCUGAUCGAUGGCAGCCUGCUCGUGACCGCCAUCGGGGAGACAGCACUCAGAUUCUGGGAUUUGGAACGAGGGGAGAACUACGUCCUGAGUCCAGAGGAGAAGUUUGGUUUUGAAAAAGGAGAGAAUAUAAAUUGCGUCUCUUACUGUAAAGUUAAAGGUCUCCUGGCAGCUGGUACCGACAAGGGGCGAGUGGCCAUGUGGAGAAAAACGCCAGGCCUCCCGAACAGCCGCGGGGCGGAGGGCAAAGACAGGUGGACCCUUCAGACUCCCACUGAGCUGGAAGGAAACAUCACACAGAUAAAGUGGGGCUCCAGGAAGAGCCUCCUGGCCGUGAACAGCAUCAGCUCCGUGCUCAUCCUCCACGAGCAGGCCAUGUCAUCCCACUUCCACCAGCAGGUGGCCGCCGUGCAGGUCUCCCCGAGCCUCCUCAGCGUGUCCUUCCUGUCCACGGGGGUGACCCACAGCCUGCGCACAGACAUGCACGUCACCGGAGUAUUUGCCACCAAGGAUGCUGUUGCCGUCUGGAAUGGAAAACAGGUGGUGAUCUUUGAGCCGUCCGGAGCCACGUUACGCAGUGCAGGGUCCUUCCUGUGUGAGUCUCCAGUGUUAGCCAUGCAUGAAGAAAACGUUUAUACGGUGGAGCCGAACAGAGUCCAAGUUCGAACCUGGCAGGGGACCGUGAAGCAGCUCCUGCCGUUCUCCGAGUCAGAGGGGAACCCGUGCUUCUUGGACAUCUGUGGAACUUUCCUGGUUGUAGGGACGGACUUGGCUCACUUUAAAAGCUUUGAUCUUUCCCGAAGAGAGGCCAAGGUGCACUGCGGCUGCAAGAGCCUGGCCGAGCUGGUCCCGGGUGUGGGGGGCCUGACCUCGCUCAGAUGCAAUGCCAGCGGCAGCAAGAUCAGUCUCCUCCUCAGCAAGGCUGACAACAGCCCCGAUUCCAAAAUCUGCUUCUAUGACGUGGAAAUGGACACAGUGACCAUCCUCGACCUCAAGACGGGACAGAUAGAUCAGAGAGAGGCAUUGUCCAUUAAUGGGCAGGAGACAAAGAAGAGCCAGGCCCUGGAGGAUGAGAGGCUGACAGACCUUGUGCCCGUGAGCCACUUCUGGGAUCAGAGCGAGCCCCGGCUGUUCGUGUGCGAAGCCGUGCGCGAGGUGCCCGGUGCCCCGCCGCAGCCCGCGGACAGAAGCACGCUGGCCGAGGCAGACGUGCUGGUCCUGUCCUUCUUCGUCUCAGAAGAGCACGGCUUCCUGUUGCAGGACAGCUUCCCCCGUCCCCCCGCCUUCCAGAUGCUCCUGGGGAUCCAGGUGCCCCACUACUACUUCAUGAGAAAGCCAGGAGAAGCUAAUCUGGAGGACCAGCUGGACUCUGGGUCCCAGUGCAUCCCCCAGGCAGUGGGCAGGAGGCCCCUGCGGGACUUUGUGGGGCUGGAGGACUGCGACAAGCCCACACAGGACGCCAUGCUCAACUUCAGCUUUUUCCUGGCCAUCGGGGACAUGGAUGAGGCCUUCAGGUCCAUCAAGCUCAUCAAGAGCCAGGCCGUCUGGGAGAACAUGGCGCGCAUGUGCGUGAAGACGCAGCGGCUGGACGUGGCCAGGGUGUGCCUGGGGCACAUGGGCCACGCCCGGGGGGCCCGAGCGCUGCGCGAGGCCCAGCGGGAGCCAGAGCCAGAGGCCAGGGUGGCCAUGCUGGCUGUGCAGCUGGGCAUGUUGGAGGACGCGGAGCAGCUCUACAGGAGGUGUGGGCGCUACGACCUCCUCAACCGCCUGCUGCAGGCCUCAGGCCAGUGGCAGAGGGCCAUCGAGGUGGCCGAGCGCCACGACCGCGUGCACCUGCGCACCACCUACUACAACUACGCCCGGCACCUGGAGGCCAGCGGGGACUGCAGCCUGGCCCUCGGCUACUACGAGAAGUCGGACACGCACCGCUUUGAGGUGCCGCGGAUGCUGGUGGAGGACCUGCAGGCUCUGGGGCUGUACGUCAACAAGAUGAAGGACAUGACGCUGUGGCGGUGGUGGGCCCAGUACCUGGAGAGCCAGGCCAAGAUGGACGCGGCGCUGCACUACUACGAGCUGGCCCAGGACUACUUCUCCCUGGUCCGCGUCCACUGCUUCCAGGGCAACAUCCAGCGGGCCGCCGAGAUAGCCAGCGAGACCGGGAACUGGGCGGCCUCCUACCACCUGGCCCGGCAGUACGAGAGCCAGAAUGAGGUGCGGCAGGCCGUGCACUUCUACACGCGUGCCCAGGCCUUCAACAACGCCAUCCGCCUGUGCAAGGAGCAUGGCCUGGACGACCAGCUCAUGAACCUGGCCCUGCUGAGCUCCCCUGAGGACAUGCUGGAGGCCGCGCGCUACUACGAGGAGAGGGGCGAGCAGAUGGACCGGGCGGUCAUGCUGUACCACAAGGCCGGCCACUUCUCCAAGGCCCUGGAGCUGGCCUUUGCCACCCAGCAGUUUGCGGCCCUACAGCUGGUGGCAGAGGACCUGGACGAAAAGUCGGACCCCGCCCUCCUGGCCCGUUGCUCCGACUUCUUCCUGGAGCAUGGUCAGUACGAGAAGGCUGUGGAGCUGCUGCUGGCCGCCAAGAAGUAUCAGGAAGCCCUGCAGCUGUGCCUGGAGCAGAACCUGACCAUCACCGAGGAGAUGGCCGAGAAGAUGACGGUGCCCAAGGACUGCAAGGAGCUGUCCGAGGAGGCCCGGCGGGCGCUGCUGGAGCAGAUCGCCAGCUGCUGCAUGCGCCAGGGCAGCUACCACCUGGCCACCAAGAAGUACACGCAGGCGGGGGACAGGCUGAAGGCCAUGAGGGCACUGCUCAAGUCCGGGGACACGGAGAAGAUCGUGUUCUUCGCAGGCGUCUCGCGGCAGAAGGAGAUCUACGUCAUGGCGGCUAACUACCUGCAGUCCCUGGACUGGCAGAAGGACCCCGAGGUCAUGAAGACCAUCAUCAGCUUCUACACCAAGGGCCGUGCACUGGACCUGCUGGCCGGCUUCUAUGACGCCUGCGCCCAGGUGGAGGUCGACGAGUACCAGAACUACGACAAGGCGCACGGGGCGCUGACUGAGGCCUACAAGUGCCUGUCCAAGGCCAAGGCCAGGAGCCCGCUGGACCAGGAGGCCAGGCUGGCACAGCUGCAGAGCAGGAUGACGCUGGUGAAGCGCUUCAUGCAGGCACGCAGCAGGACCUACGUGGAGGACCCCAAGGAGUCGAUCCGGCAGUGCCAGCUGCUCCUGGAGGAGCCGCACCUGGACAGCAGCAUUCGCGUGGGGGACGUCUACGGCUUCCUGGUGGAGCGCCACGUGCACUCGGGGGACCUGCAGACGGCCUACAGGUACCUGGAGGAGAUGCGGCGGCGGCUGCCCUCCACCAACGUGUCCUACUACGUGAGCCAGCACAUCGUGGACGCCGUGCACCAGGGCCUGGGGCUCCCUCUGACAUGCGCGGCGCCCAAGCGCACGCGGCACAACAGCGUGGAGGAGCACAAGGAGGCGGACGAGGAGGUGGCCGAGGAGGUGGAGAGUGGGCCCUGAGCUGCGGCCGGGCCCUGGGACCUGCCCAGGACGUGCCCACCGCAGCCAGAGGGGAGCCCGACUUCCCUGUCGAGCUCAGUGCCCGAGUCCAUACGUAGAGCUGCAGGGAGACAUGCUGGCCUGUCUGGCAGGGGUGGCAGCGUGUCUCUAAGCCACCCCUCCGAGUCCCUGGCCCCUGCCGAGGUUUGUUUUAGCUCUUUUGCAGUAAAGGGAGGUUUAUUUUCCCCAUGACGUUCCCCCAAGUACAGGGUGUGAAGCCUAAGAAACAGAGGGGUCUCCCGGCAUCCACAUGGGUUGCCUGGCAGCACGUCUCCGGUUCCUGCAGCACAGACCGUCCUGACCAUAGGGUGACGGCAGCUGGCACUGGCUGAGGCCAGAGGCUCUGUCCCUCCAGGCCGCGUCCCUUUCAUCACCAGCUCCUACUGUCAGGGGCUGCCUCACCCUCUCCCACCCUCAGCUCCACAUCUAUUUGCUGAAAUCCUCCAAAUAAAGCCUAUUUUCUGAA